AUGGGAGCCGUAAAGCGUGUCGCGGUGAUUGGGGCUGGUCCAGCUGGAGCCAUCACCAUCGACGCCCUCGCACAAGAGAAGACGUUCGAUGUGAUUAGAGUUUUUGAGCGCCGGGAAGCUCCAGGAGGAUGCUGGCUUGGCGAGACGAAGCCGCCGCCGAUUCUCCAGCCCGAUGAAUUAGGCCUGCUCGCCUCACGAGCAGCCGAUGGCCCUCACCCAUCAAUACCGUCAAAGCUUCCGGCUCAGCUCCCCAAAUCCUCGACUCCCCGUUACGCCGAGUCUACCGUGUAUCCCUACCUCGAGACUAACAUUGACUUUUUGCCGAUGCAGUUUUCGCAAGAGCCGUUUCCGCAGGAGCAAUCAGAGUGGUCCGUAUCGAUCCACGGCGCGGACACGCCUUUCCGUCCGUGGUCGGCUGUGCAGGGCUACGUCCGUUCCCUUGUCGAGAGAAGGGGGUACCAGGACUUUGUGGAAUACAACACCACAGUAGAGAAGGCCGAGAAGAUGAGGGAUAGUGGGGAGUGGAAGUUGACGCUGCGUAAAGAAGGCGAGAAGACGGACUACUGGUGGGAGGAGACCUUGGACGCAGUUGUCGUCGCGUCUGGGCAUUAUAGCGUGCCGUAUAUCCCCUCGAUCAGUGGCCUUGCGGAGUUUGCGAGGGACAGACCCGGGAGCGUCAUCCACAGCAAACACUUUCGGGGUAGAGAUGCGUACAAGGGCAAGAGGGUUGUUGUCGUAGGCGCCUCGGUUUCCGCGGCGGACAUCGCAUUCGACCUUACAUCGACCGCCCGGGCCCCGGUUUACGCCGUGACCGUCGGCCACAACUUCAACGGCUACUUUGGCGGGGAAGCGUUCAACCAUCCGCAGAUUGUCAAUGUGCCUUCAAUUUCACGCAUAGAUCCGCAGACCCGUACUGUACAUUUCGUGGACGGCACAUCCGUCGCCAAUGUGGACGACAUCAUAUUCGGGACGGGAUAUACUUGGACCUUACCGUUCCUUCAGACCUCUACGGAGUCCGAGUCGUCAUCGCCAUCAUCGACUGAAGAGUUGAAGCAAGCGCCAACGCCCCGUAACAACCGCGUUCCAGACUUGUAUCUUCACGUAGUCUACCGGCCGGACCCCACCCUUCUAUUCGUGGGUGCUGUGAACGCGGGCCUGACGUUCAAGAUAUUCGAGUGGCAAGCCGUCCUGGCGGCUAGAAUCCUCGCGGGACGUGUGAAUCUGCCUCCCGUUGAACAGCAGAAACGAUGGGAGGAAGACCGCGUGGCGAAACGCGGGGACGGCGCCAAGUUUGCUCUCGUCUUCCCCGAUUUCGAAGAGUACUUUGAAACCGUCAGGAAGCUCGCGGGACCGGCGAACGGCAAGGGCAGAGAGUUGCCGCCGUUUAACAAGUACUGGUUCGAGCGGUUCCUGAUGGGCCAUGAACGUCGGAAGGAUAUGUGGAGGCGGCUUAAUGCAGAAGCAAGGGAGGCCUUGAGUGGGAAGUCGGCCGGAGAUCAAUUACGUGCAAGGUUGUAG